AUUAACAAUGGCCAUAAUACAACAAUGGCGAAGAUAAAUAUUUUCCUUGUUUGCAUUUGAGUUUUUAUUUCUCUGAACUUAUUUAUUAUUUUAUAUAUCCAAAUAUUGUAAAUUUUUUAUUAUUUAUAAGUGAAAAUGGCAAGUAAUUUACCAGAUUUAUUGAGAGUUUAUUAUCAACGACUUUUUCCCUACAAUGAAUAUUACCGGUGGUUAAGUUACGGCAAUGGCAAUUUAUUUUCACGUAGAGAAUUUUCAUUUACUGUUGAAGACGAUGUUUAUAUUAGAUUUCAGGCAUUCAAAAAUUUAAAUCAACUCAUGACUGAAAUGAAAAGAUUAAAUCCACACAAAAUUGAUAUUGGAGCUAUUUACAAUGUUCCGCCAACAGAACAUAAAUAUGAUACGAAAUUUUUUCCCGUGGAAAAAGAACUUGUUUUUGAUAUUGAUAUGACUGAUUAUGAUGAAGUGAGAACUUGUUGUUCAGGUGCUGAUAUUUGCGGUAAAUGUUGGAAAUAUAUGGCAAUAGCUUGUAAAGUAAUUGAUUCUUCAUUAAGAGAGGAUUUUGGAUUUAAUCAUAUUCUCUGGGUAUUUUCUGGAAGAAGAGGAGUUCAUUGUUGGGUUUGCGAUAAAAGAGCAAGGAAACUUAAUGCAUCUGCAAGAAGCGCAGUUGCUGAAUAUUUACAAUUAAUAAGAGGCGGAGCGUAUGCAAAGAAAAAAGUGAUGUUACGACACAAAACACAUUAUUCAAUAGAACGUGCUAUCGGUAUUAUAAAAUCAGUAUUUAUUCCAAUGUGUGUCAUCGAACAAAAUAUGUUGGGCACUGAGGAAAAUAUAACAAAAUUUUUGGAAAUUAUUCACACAGAAGAAGAAGUAAGAGGAGAAGUGAGAAAUUUACUCAAUAAACAUUCGACUAGUGAAAAAAGAUGGGAAGCAUUUCAAGACUAUUAUAACAAACAAUUACAAUCGAGUUCAAAAAAAUGGCGUUCGAGACAUUUAAUUGAAGAAAUAAUGAUUCAAUAUUCAUAUCCAAGAUUAGAUAUACACGUGUCAAAGGCUUUAAAUCAUUUAUUGAAAUCACCAUACUGCGUUCAUCCAAAAACAACAAAAGUAUGCGUACCAUUUAAUCCAAAAACAGUUGAUAAUUUUGAUCCUCAUAGUGUGCCAACAAUUCAAACGCUUAUUAAUGAAGUUGAUGCUUACGACGCAAAAGAAUUGGCCAGACAAAAAGAAGAAUCAGUUAACGUUCGAAAAAUUAGAGAUUAUAAAAAAACAGCAAUGAAUAAGUCUUUACACAUUUUUCUUGAAUUUCUGAGAAAUCUUGAAGAUUCUAAUCGAGAUGAGAAAAUAAUACAAAAUGAUACACAAAUGGAAUUCUGAGGAUUCAUUUAUUUUUUACGAAAUGACAAUUUUUAUCUUGGUAAAUAAAUAAUUUUCUUUAUAAAUAAAAUUUUUUAUUAUUCAACAAA